UAGGUAUUACGUAAACAAUGUGAUUAGCUCUGAAAAAACUCAUAACCGAGUCUUAGUUUACAAGUAACUAAGUAUUGAUUGAUUUUUAUAGUGUCCUUUAACUACAUGAAAUAAAUCGAAUCACGAUCGAUAAAUCGUCAUUUUAAAAAAUCGGUUUCUUUCGAAGCCGGAUUCGCUUCCUUCCAUCCUUAAUGACAAUUUACAUUCAAUCAGUUCCAAAGAGUAUACAAAUACUACGUAAUAAGUUCAUUCAAAAUAUGUGUUUUAACUUGCAACACUUUUUAAUGUCGUCUUUAGUUAAAGUCCCAUUAAAGGGACCCACAACAGUUUUGUGCAACGUCUUUAAAUUUAAUGGAAUAUUAGCGAUAAUGACGGAUUAACUAAUGUCGAUUUUAAAGACAGUUUUCUGCAACUGGGUGUUUGUCUUAUACUUUUUAUGAAUUAUUCGCUUGUUUUCUGUUUCUCAUUUCUGCAGAUUCGCAUUUUUUCGGAUUCGCAUUUCUUCAGAUUCGCAUCUCUUCAAUUUCUCAUUUCGACGCCUCCCACGCAAAUAGUCGGAACAUUAUUUUUUAUGAAAAUAUUUUUUUUAUGCCAUUAGAACCCUGACAAACAGUAUUUCAUAUUCCCGAAAUCCAAAUUUAUAAAUAAUGAGUUUUUGAAUCGAUAAUAGUCGUAACAUUUAAACGCUCCCGCGCAUAAAGUCGCGCUGACAGUUCCGACGAUGUGCUUCGAUCUAUUGGACCGCGGGCGGCCAAUCAGCGCACAGUACCGACGUCGUACGACACGAACGACACGAACGAAGUCUCUUAGUUUUAAAUGUUCAAAUAUUUAUGAUUAUGUGUUGUUUUUGUUUACUUUUGAUAACUAACUAACUUAACUUUACUUGUGCAAUUAUAAAUUGGUGAAAUGAGUAACGAACGUUCUUCAAAGAUUUUGAAAUUGGUGUUAGAUAAGCCCAAUUCAAAUAGCGAAGUAUUAACGGCCGGUCAAAAUUUUGAAAAUGUAUCACCGGUACCACUUGAGGCUGAACACCAGUGGGAGCAAUACAAGACGAUGUUCGGGAACUCUUUUAGUAAUAGUACAGGAAGUAUUGACGACAACUUUGAACUAACUAACUUAGCCGCAAUUUUACCAGUAAUUGCUUCCCCAACUCCUAAGGAUUCCGAGCCAUGUGAUGAAGAUUUUUUAAACGAAUCAGCUGAUGUAAUAGAACCUUCAUUCGAUAUGACACCAAUGCCCUCUCCGAAUAAUGACUUUUUGAAAUAUGUAGCUUGCACUUCGACUCCAUUAUUUAGUAACGUAUCUAAUUGCGAAGCUGAUAAUAAUUGUUCAUCCAGUAGUAGUAGAGCCAAUACACCACUGCUCAGUAACGUUUCGAGCCAGGAUUCUUCUGUGUGCUCGUCAAACGAAAGUACGCCGUCGUCAAGCAAAAUUAUUGGAAGAAAACGUCGCCGUCGCCGUGAUGAGUGGAAAGACAUAAAAAGAAAAUGUUUAAAAAAUAUGGGAAAAGCGUAUUUAAGUAAGAACGGAGUUCAAAGAGAUGGAAAGAUUUUAAAACAACCAUGUCCGGUUACUUGCCGACUUAAAUGUUUUCAAAAGUUUGAUGCACAACAACGGGAACGUAUUUUUAAUUCUUUUUGGCGAAUUGGAGAUCACUGUCGACAAUGGGAUUACAUCGUCAACCACACAGAAGUAGGCGAUACUAAGUAUCCUUCUACUACAAAACUUGUGUCUAGGCGCAAGAAAUCGAUUAAGUAUUGCUUGCCUCUAAUUGAGUCUAAAUCUGACAUACCUAAUAAGGUGUUCGUUUGCAAAACGAUGUUUCUAAACACACUCUCUGUAGGGGAAAGAACUGUUCAAACGGCAUUGGCGAAAUGGAGCUCAGGGGUGGCUCUGUUUCCCCUGAUCGACGCGGUGGUACCAGAACUAUUGUCAUAGACGACGAAAUAAAACAGGAU